AUGAUUCGCCUGUUGCCCCGUUGCUGGAGAGCUUUGGCUUCUAUUCCGCUCAGAACGAGGGCCCCGAAACUUGCUCUUCAACUUACAUCAUCCGUACGGCGUUACGCCACCAAGGAGGUUCCCCUUACUGCCGAUACUUACGCUGGCAAGGUCGAGCGGGAUCCGAGAUUCAAACAACUCGCAUCGGAAGACGUGGACCACUUCCGCCUGAUUGUGGGUGAUGCUGGUGUCAUAACCGAUAAGGAUGAUUUGCUUUAUUUCAACGAAGACUGGAUGCGUAAAUACCGGGGACAAUCGCAAUUAGUUCUCAAGCCCAAGACAACUGAACAAGUCUCGCAGAUUCUCAAGUACUGCAAUGACCAACUGUUGGCUGUCUGUCCUCAAGGUGGUAACACUGGGCUUGUCGGAGGAUCUAACCCUAUCUUUGAUGAAGUAAUCGUGUGCAUGCUGCUGAUGAACCAAAUCCGCAGCUUCGACGAUGUGCUGGGGAUUUUCAAGUGCGAUGCUGGUGUCGUCUUGGAAACUGCAGACCAGUAUUUGGCUGAAAAGGGCUACAUUUUCCCCCUUGAUUUGGGGGCCAAAGGCCUGUGUCAAGUUGGCGGCGUUGUGGCUACAAAUGCUGGUGGCUUGCGUUUGUUGCGUUACGGUUCACUCCAUGGGCUGGUCUUGGGUUUGGAAUGUGUCAUGCCUGAUGGCACUGUAUACAACUCGAUGCACCUGUUGAGAAAAGACAACACUGGUUACGAUCUUAAGCAAUUGUUUAUUGGUUCUGAAGGUACCAUCGGCAUCAUCACUGGUGUCCUGAUCUUGUGUCCUGCUCGUCCCACAGCUUUUAAUGUUGCCCUUUUGGCUGUCGACUCUUAUGAAGCUGUUCAGCAAGUGUUUGUGGCCGCCCGCCGGGAGCUCGGCGAGGUGUUGUCGGCCUUUGAAUUUAUGGAUCGCCAAUCUCAGGAACUCACUCAUCGUCACCUCAAAUUGGACCACCCCAUCGAAGGUGAGUAUCCUUUUUACAUUCUUAUUGAGACGCUGGGUCUGAAUAAAGACCAUGACGACGAGAAGCUCGAAAACUUCUUGGGCCAAGCUAUGGAAGAUGGUCUUGUUCUUGAUGGUAUCAUUGCUCAAGAUGAAGCCCAAGUAAAGCUGUUAUGGGCUUGGAGAGAGCUGGUUCCUGAGGCUCUGACUAUCGGCGGUGGUGUCUAUAAGUACGAUGUCAGCUUGCCGCUCAAAGAUUUGUAUGGUUUGGUUGAAGCCACUCAAAGCGAAUUGGAGAAAGCAGGUAUUGUUGACAUGGAUGACGAAUCUAAGCCUGUGGUACAAGCAUUCGGCUAUGGGCAUGUUGGGGACGGCAAUCUUCAUUUGAAUGUUGCCGUGAGGGAAUACUCCAAGGACAUUGAAAAGGUUCUCGAGCCCUUUGUGUAUGAAUGGAUUCACGGGGUUGGUGGGUCUGUUUCUGCUGAACAUGGUUUGGGUUUCCAAAAGAAGAAUUACAUUGGUUACUCGAAGACCCCCAUUGAAAUUGAAAUGAUCAAGCAGGUCAAAAACGCAUACGACCCGAAGGGCAUCAUGAAUCCUUACAAAUAUGUUUAA